UUGAUAACCCAACCUGGAGUAAACAUUAAUAAUUCACGUUUUAAUGAACUUUUCUCCAAUGAAGAAUUUGAAUUGGUUGUUCAACACCUUAAAGAUUCGUCACCAGGUAUAGACGGAAUUCCAUACUCAUUUAUUUCUAACGCAGGAUCAAAAUCUAAGCAAAUUUUUCUAGACUUAAUCAAUGACAUAUUUAUUACGGGAAUAGUCCCUAAUGAUUGGAAAAUGCAAAUUAUUAUCCCCAUCUUAAAACCAGACAAAAAUCCUAGUGAUGGUAAUAGUUACCGCCCUAUAGCACUAUCAUCAACUUUGUGCAAAAUAAUGGAGCAUUUAAUUAAAAACCGUCUAGAAUGGUUUGUUGAAAAUAAAGGUCUCUUGGCCAAAACACAGUUUGGAUUUCGAAAGGGACUGAGCACGCUUGAUAGCUUGUCAGUUUUUACCUCUGAUAUACGCUCUGCUUUCUCCAGAGAAGAAUCGGUUGGUGCUGUUUUUCUCGAUGUAUCAUCAGCCUAUGAUAACGUUAUCCACCCUUUACUCAAAGAAAAGAUGCUUCUUUUGGAUAUUCCCCAUAGAAUUACUCGCAUUAUUUUUAAUUUACUUUCAGUAAGGUCAAUAUGUAUAAGAGUUCAAGGAAAACUGCUCCCUCCGAGACAGAUCUGGCGUGGCCUCCUACAAGGUUCUGUUUUAAGUCCUAUUUUAUUUAACAUAUACACCCAUAAUCUCGAACAUUCUGUUAAUUCCUUUUGUAAAGUCUUACAAUAUGCUGACGAUCUAACUCUUUAUUACUCUUCUAAGAACUUUACAGACUUGAGUUAUCGUCUUAACUCUGCAUUGUUCUAUUUAAAUAAUUGGCUUACUGAUAACGGUCUAUCCUUAUCACCUACAAAAAGUAGAGUAGUAAUAUUCUCUAGAAAAAGAUUUUGUCCCAAUAUUUCAAUCUCAGUACAAAAUCAAAUAAUUCCGACAAGUGAUAAUGUUAAAUUCCUAGGUGUUUUUCUGGAUUCUAAGAUGACAGGUAUUCCUCAUUUAACGUUCAUUGCCCAAAAAUGCGAAAAGAAUGUAAAUAUCCUUCGUUCACUGACAGGUGUUUGGUGGGGAUCUCAUCCAUAUUGUUUAAAACUUUUAUAUAACGCUCUAAUCCGUAGUCAUUUUGACUACGGUACAUUUCUUUUGGAACCUUGUAAUAAACAAGCUCUUAACCUUUUAGAUAAAAUCCAACUCAAGUGCUUAAGAAUUAUUUUAGGGGCCAUGAAAUCAUCUCCAUCAAAUGCUCUACAAGUUGAAUGUGGCGAACCUCCUCUUUACCUACGUAGACAGUAUCUUGCCGAUCGCUUUAUAUAUCGAAUAUUUCAGAUAUCUUCACACCCACUGCUUUCUAAACUGCGUUCUUUAAACUCUGGUUUGAAGAAUAACAACUACUGGACUCAUAAAGACGUUCCAUGUAUUCUUAAAAGCUACCAAAAGAUACUUACCUUCAAAUUUCCCAUAUUUCAAAAUUUCAUAUUCAUUAAUAACAUUAAACUAUAG